UACAUUCGGACAAUCGAACGUAACCUCCACCAUUCUGCAGACACUUCCGAACACUCAAGAAACCCGCGCGCAAUGGCGGCAUCAAGCUAAACCGAAACUGGACGACCGAACUCGUGAUCUUCUUCGUGAAAAGAUGGUUUCCAAUUCAACAUUAAAGCAAAGAGGAAGGGGCCAGAAUAAGCGUUUCUGGACAACCAAGGAGGAUUCUGCGUUAGUUGAAUCUUUGCAAGAAUUGUAUCAUGACACCAAGUGGCGAUCUGAAAAUGCAUUCAAAAAUGGUUAUUUGACCCAGAUAGAGGCUAUGAUGGAAGCCAAAAUGCCAGGGUGUGGAAUACAGGCAUCUCCCCACAUCGAAUCACGAAUUAAAACUUUGAAGAAAAAGUAUUAUGCGUUGGCGGAAAUGUUAGCUCAAAGUGGGUUUGGUUGGAAUGACGAUGAAAUGAUGUUGGUUUGUGAUAAAAGGGUAUAUGAUAAAUGGAUCCGGAAUAGAAAGUAUGCAAGUGGAUUGUAUAGUAAGCCAUUUCCGUACUACUAUAUAUUGGGGGAGAUAUACGGAAAAGCUCGUGAAGUUGGUGCCUACAUUGAUAAUGUUGAUGAUGACCAAGAAGAAUUCAAACAGGAGGAUGAGGAUGCAAACAUUGAUCAAAUUAUAGGCAUGAAUGAUGAUGCUGCUGCAGAAAAUCUGAAUCUGAAUGUGGAAUCACAAUCUGAGGGGUCUGAAGAGUUUGAUGUAUCAUGCACACUUGGUACCCCAAGCGCCCAACAAAGGAGACCUACACAAAGUGCCCCAAGUGUUUCAGAUCAUGGUCGGAGGGUAAAAGCAAAGGUAAUGGAGAAGAUGAGUAAGAAUGUAAGCACAAUGUCCUCUAAGAUUGAUGCUCUCGUCAAUAUUUUUUCAAUUGAUAAGGAAGUGGCUGAAUUGCAAGCGAAACUUGAUAGUGAGUUGAACAAGAUCGAAGACCUUACAGAAUUGCAAGUCUUUCGAGCCACAAACAUUUUAGCUCGUCAACAUGACCUGCUGAGAGUGUUCUUCGGCAUGUCUGAGGAAAGGAAACGAACAUAUGUUACACAUCUGUUGGAACAUGGCGUAUGAUAGAACAUAAGGUAUAUGCAUUUGUUCUUUAGUUACAUUGGAAGGAAUCAAAUCCGUCAGCCAUCAUCCCCAACUCAUUUUCUAUUUCCUUCCUUACCAUUUUGAGUAGCUACCUACAUGGGACAUAUAUCAUCUUCUUAUCCUAGGCAGUGAGAUUUCUGAUAAACCUCAUGGUUACAACUUAUUUUGGUUGCCUAAUGACAGAUUACUUUUGGCUAUGCAUUAUAUAUCUCUUUCAGUUUCUCUGUCAUGAAACAUGUGUUAAUUCGCAGUUGAACUG